AUGUCUUCGGAACCCAACUUUAGUCGAGCCGAGUCCAUGGAAGUGGACGAGGGGAUACAGUUCUUCCUCGACGACGACCUCCUGUCCGCAACAGUGAACUCUUCCUUUGCGUUCGAGAUCGACCGGAGAACGUCCAGCAAUGGAAGCUACCUGGACUUCGCCGACAGCAGCUCGCACGAGCAUGCCGGCGCGCAGGUGAACGGAGCAGAAGAUGUCCCAUCGGCAUCAAGACGCAACGAGGAGGGAGAUGAUGGGCGGGAGCAGCUGCUUGGGGGAAUACAACCUGAGGAUCGGCAGACGGUGAUACCAACCGAGGAAGGAGGAGGAGGAGGAGGAGGAGGAGGAGGAAUGCAGACGCAGUGGAGGAGUAGGAUGUUGAUGGUGGGGUUGGAGCUAGUUGCGUUCAUGACCAGCGUCCUGCUGAUUUCUCUCCUGUUUCUGCUCCACAACAAGUUUAACGCAACGGUGCAUUGCUUCCCUGCAGAUCAGAUCAGGAGGGUCAGGCCGGAUAUCCUUCAGGUUCGGCUCGCGAUCAAGAACGUCGACUAUGUCGACGACGUCUCCCGCCUUCUCUCCCAGACUUCCAUCGCCCGAGCGCUCGGUCAUCAGCCUCGAGCUCUCGAUCCCUCCGAAGCUGCGCAGGCAUUGACUUGCGACAAGAAGGAGAGUCGAACGAGAUGGAAGCCCUUCUUCAGUAUGCUGAGCAGGAAGCAGCAAAGCGCCCAGGGCCGCACGAACUCUUCUCAUGUCCAAGGGAGCGCGAUCAAGGGGAGGCAGGAGACAUGGGGCUCUGCCAUGUGGAGGAGAAUCUUGGGGUCAGGCAAGCGUCUAGAGGGGCUCGAGGAGCAGGCCCCAUCAGCUGCCAGCAGCGGGAGGGCAGCGAGUCCUCGCACGACGUAUGCUUACAUCUUCAGCAAGGAGAAAGGUUUCCUCAUGCUCUCGCACCGAGCUAUGAUCGACUUAAACGUUUCCAUCUUGAACAUCACGAUCUUCGAAGACGAUCGCUGCCUGGGAGGGGGCGACUUGCUGUCUACGUGGCUCAUCUCCUUCGUUGGGUUGGACUCGAUUGUACUCAAUCAGUUCCACACCUUCUUCGGGGGAGGGUACGUGCACAACGUGCAGACUGCUGAUCUCUACAACCUCAACUUUGCGAGGAGGAGCAAGAAGGUGGAGGAUGUGGUGUAUCACAAGCUCGGGAUACUCUGCACAUCUCUUGUGCUGGCGAUCACGACUUCAACUCUCGUCUCCUUCACGCUGAUCGAGACUCAUGCAAGGGUCUUGAGAUUUAUCGUGCAGCUCCGUCACCACAACCGCCAUGGCGCCUCCUACCUCCAACUCUUGCUGCCCCACUCGCUUGACUCCCUUGCCUUCCUUCCCAUCAUGAUCGGAGUGUUGAUGUUCCUCUUUGAGUUCUUCGAAGAUCAGGUUCUGGCUUUCCUGGUAUUCAGUCUUGUAUGGGGGAAUGAAAUCUUUCGAAUGGUCAGUCCUGUUGUGAUCGAAAUGAUGACGAUGAUGGUGAAAGUGGUGGUGGUGGUGACUAUGAUGAGUAUGAUCAUGAUAGUGAAGAUGAUGAUUAUUGUGGUGGUGAUGGAUUUGAUUAUGACAACCAUUGUCGCAGAUCAAAGGUUCAGCUACAUCGCGUUUGCUUGUUGGGCUUCGUCUUUCCUUACCAUCAUUCUUCUCUUCUCCAACCAUGUCGCCCCUCGCAGCCGCUACCGCAGGACCAGCAUGCAUGUCACUACCACCCUGUACUGGUCGGAGCAGCCUCAGAUGCUAUAG